AACGUUAUCGCUUGCCACGGCCGCGUUUCCUUUCCCACUGAUUCCGAAACCCUAAAGACAGUAGUCGCCAUGGCCGGGAGGGGGAAGGCGAUCGGUUCUGCCGCGGCGAAGAAGUCCGUUUCUAGGAGCAGCAAGGCCGGGCUCCAGUUUCCCGUCGGUAGGAUCGCCCGGUUCCUCAAGGCCGGCAAGUACGCCGAGCGCGUCGGCGCCGGUGCCCCUGUCUACCUCGCCGCCGUCCUCGAGUACCUCGCCGCUGAGGUGUUGGAGCUUGCUGGGAAUGCAGCCAGGGACAACAAGAAGACCAGGAUUGUCCCCAGGCACAUCCAACUUGCGGUGAGGAACGAUGAAGAACUUUCCAAGCUAUUGGGGGAGGUCACUAUUGCCAGCGGUGGUGUGAUGCCCAACAUCCACAACCUUCUCCUCCCCAAGAAGGCGGGCUCUGGCUCUUCCAAGGCUGCCCCUGGAGAAGAUGACUAAAAGCUGCUCUUUUUCUGACUCGCAGAUUAGUGUGAGCUUGUAAACUUCUUCAAAGCUCUCUCUUUUAGAAUU